AUGGAUAUGACUGCGGAAGAGCUGAAUGAGAGGUGUGGUACUAAAACCGUAUGGCAGGGUAGUGGGGUGCUCACUGAGAGGAUAAUGGAGUCUACCUUGGAGACGCAGAGGCCCUUCAGUGUCCAUUACAGGGCGUACUUGUGGUUAGUACUUGGCGGAUGUCUAUUUUUGGACAACAGUGGUAACCGUACUCAUCCUUCCUUCCUCAACGAGCUUUUUGUUGAGGAUGUUCAGAUUAGUGAGUACUCCUGGGGUUCUGCUGUUAUAGCGUAUAUGUAUCGGCAGUUGGGUACAGCAUCACGAAGAGAUGCUGAUUCUAUCGCUGGUUGUCUUACGCUUCUGCAGGCGUGGAUCUACGAGUACUUUCCCUGUUUUCGGCCUCAACAGGGGACCUUGACCAGAGAGCUUAUUAUUCCUCAUGCGUCUGUCUGGGAUGUCGGAUCGGGGUGCCCCAACAAGAGCAUGGAGCGCCUCCUCUCAUUUCGUGCUAGGUUGGAUCAUCUGACUGACAAUGAGGUAAACUGGCUAUCGUACGGAGUUGAUCCAGCACAACGCGUGCCUGCUACUCUAUUCAUUGGCUUCAUCCAGUACCGUAACAUCAUUGAGCCAUAUAUGUGUGAUCGAGUGGUUCGACAACUUGGAUACAUCCAGGGCAUUCCACAAGCCAUCAUCAGGCCUGAGAAGGCAAAGAGACCGACGAACUUGAAGAUGUAUCGAGUAGACUUUUCGCCAGAGAUGACAUAUGUGAUGUGGACUCGGUUUGUCCCUGGUGCGUCUUUCAGUGUGGUGUUAAGUCCCCUCAGCAGGCUUGGUGGUGGUGCUCCUACGGUCGAUCCUGGUUACAUGCAGUGGUUGUACUAA